AAAAAGAUUUUAAUUUUUUCUUUAAACAAACAUGGUAAGAGAAUGAGUUCUAUUUGUCUAGGCUAGAGGACCUAAGAAACAUAUGAAAAGAAUUACAGCACCAAAAAGUUGGAUGCUUUCAAAAUUAGGAGGAAAUUGGACCACAAGACCCUCAUAAGGACCUCAUAAAUUAAGAGAAUCAAUCCCAUUGUCUAUUAUAUUGCAACAUAAAUUGAAAUAUGCUCUUUAUGCUAGAGAAGUCUAAAUGAUUCUUGCUGAUAAGGAUGGAAAUAUUAAAGUUGAUGGAAAAGUUAGAUCUGACUUUGGAUAUCCAGUUGGAUUAAUGGGUAUUAAUUACUUUAUAACUAAAAUAAGAUGUAAUUACAAUUGACAAGACCAGAGAAAAUUAUAGAGUGUUGUAUGAUGUUUCAGGAAAAUUUAUAUUAAAAUCCAUUAAACCAGAAGAAGCAAAAUUCAAGCUUGUUAAAGUCACUUAAAAGAAAGUUGGACCAAACAAUGUUCCAUAUAUUGUUACUAAUGAUGCCAGAACAAUUAGAUAUCCAAAUCCAGAAAUUCAUGUUAAUGAUGUUCUCAGAAUUGAUUUAGAAACAGGAAAAGUUGUUGAUUUCAUUAAAGAAGAACCAGGUAAUAUAAUGCAAUUAAAAUUAUAGGAAAUGUUUGCUAUAUUGUUGGAGGUAACAACAUUGGAAGAGUUGGACUCAUUCAACAUAGAGAGAGACAUUUAGGAUCUUUUGAUAUUGUUCAUGUUAAGGUAUAAAUAUUCAUUUAUUUAUAUUAUAGGAUUCAAAUGGAAAACACUUUUCAACAAGAAUUAAUAAUAUCUUCACAAUUGGUAAAGGAAAGAAAUCUUUAAUUUCACUCCCAGAUGAUAAUGGUUUGUAUUUGACAGCUCUUGAAAAGAAAUAAGCCAGAGAACACCAUGAAGAAUAAUAAUAAAAAUAAUGAUAUUUUAAAGUAUAGUACAUAUUUACAAACAAAAUAGAUAAU